GAGACCUACAGACCGGAGUGUCAGACAGUUAUGGCACCGAGAUCUCUAGCUCGAUGUCCGAGUCCCUCUUAAACGUCGUCCACAGUCCCUCGUCAUGCCGAGAGAGCCAUUGGAUUUCCAAUUCUGAGUUUUCCUGUUUCCUCUUGCGUUUUUAGAUCGGUAUUGUUCAACUGUGCUACUCUCGUUCUCUGGAUGUCCCCCGUGGCUCAUUUUUGGUCUCCUUGCCGUAUCUCGUACCGCUCCGCUUUUCAGUAUCCCCAGGGUCCCGUGCGAUCACGUUCAUGAUGAAGAGCUGGUGGAGAGGCUCGAAGAGCGCGGACGCCGCGUCCCCGGACUUGGGCGUCGACGAGCAGAUGUUUCUGUGUAGGAAUCCCUCGUGAUCGCCCCGUUUCCCGGCUUCUACUGACUGAAUGACCGCAGUGGAGGACUCACUCAAGGGUAUGCUCUCCGUCCGAUCACAUGCGUCGUCAGUGCCGGGACCAGAAUGCUCAUCUGCGUAUUAGGUGUCCUGAAAAUCAUGGACGAUGAUGUGGAAGGAGCUGAGGAAGCCCUUUCGAAGCAUAAGUCGCCGUAUCAUUCUCUAGGGUUAGGCACCACGGUCUUCCUUCGGGCGACCUUAGGCUUUGAGAAGGAGUAUAUGAAGCUAGCCGCAGACCGCCUUGCAGAAGCUGCGACAAGCGCUGGAGAGUUCCAACGGAAAGCUCAGCGAGACCUGAAUCCCAACCCGUCGAAUAUCUAUCCUCCGGGGUCCGAGUUCGGAUAUGCCAUGGCCUUGUCGGAGAUCAUGGCGGCGGUUAUCGCCACACUCAAUGAGAGUUUGACGGAGGCGAUUCGCGGAUUUUACAAGAUGCGGAAAGCGUAUAUGACCCUCAACACCAUUGUGGAGGCAGAAAGGGUGUAUUUUGAGAAGCAUGGCUAUAAUGUCAUUAACGAGACUCCCUCUCUUCGAGCGCUCUCAAGAUCUGCGACCAUUGAGCAUGAACCCGAGCCGGACCAAUCCAUACCGGUCAGUAAAGCAUCGUCUCCGAUCGAUUCGAGCGACCAGACGGAAGAGGACGAAUUCUUCGAUGCGGAGGAAGCUACUCGAGAGGCAGCGGUCCCAACAAAGGAAGUAGAGAAGCUGAAAAUCUCCGAAAACGGCUCAGCGGCGAAGCCACCGGCAACUAACCCAGUGAGGACAGUCUCCUUUACCAACGGGAGCAUCAAGGAGCCAAAUGGCAGCACUACCGGACCUGUUCGAUCUCAAUCUGUCGUUUCUAACCCGUACCAAGAGGGCCCGGACCCCGAGGCCAUCACCGGUAACCCCACUGACGUCUUCGUCCAUUCCGGUAUCAACCUUGCCUUCGGCCUGCUGCUCCUCCUGAUCUCCCUGGUCCCACCGGCGUUCAGCAUGCUCCUCAAGAUCGCCGGCAUCAAGGGCGACCGGGAGCGCGCCAUCUCCAUGUUAUGGCAGGCCUCCAAGUUCGAUAACAUCAACGGCGCCUUUGCCGGGCUGGUGUUGCUGGGCUACUACAAUGUCAUGGUCGGCUUCUGCGAUAUCCUGCCGAGGGUGGGCAGUGGGAGUCACCCGAAGGAACGAUGCAGGAACCUCCUUCAGGAUUGUAGGAAACGUUAUCCGAAGAGCCAGCUUUGGGUGCUCGAGGAGGCGCGGAUGAUGUCCGCCGAGAAAAAUCUGGAGGAGGCGGUGCAGUUUUUGCGAGACAGCCCGAAAUCUCCGCUGAAACAGGUCGAGGCGUUUCAAUGGUUCGAAAUCAGCUUGAACUGCAUGUACGGGCAUGACUAUGAGGGAACUUCGGAAGGGUUCCAAAAGUGCGUUCUAUUGAACAACUGGUCCCCUUCCCUUUACUAUUACAUCGCUGCCUGCGCCCACAUCGAACUCUACCGCAUCCACAAAGAAAAAGAUGCAGAUCUAUCCACAACCCACGCCACCCAAGCCGAAUCCCUCCUCUCCAAAAUCCCCAAAAACGCCUCCGCCCGCAAACUCCUCUCCCGCCCCCUCCCCUUCGACAUCUUCGUCGCCCGCAAGCUCACCAAAUGGCAAUCCCGCGCCACCGCCCUCUCCGUCCCCCUCGUCGCCGCUGCCGGCGUCUCCCCCUUCGAGGAGAUGAUUUACUUCUGGAACGGUUACCGCCGCAUGCGCCCCGAGCACCUGGCUACGUCGCUCGAGCGGCUGGCGUGGAGCGAGGCCGGCGCCGGCGCCGUGCCCUGGGAUGAGGAGGAGGUGGAUGAGAAGGGGGUGAUGGCGGUACUCAAAAGCGCGACGUUGCGGAGUUUGGGGCGGACGGAGGAGGCGGAGGUGGGGCUGAGGGAGAACGUGUUGGGAGAGCCGUGGUCGGCAUUUAAGGGGGGGAACAAGGAUAAUUGGUCGCUGCCGUUGGCGCAUUAUGAGAUGGCGAUUAUCCGGUGGGAGGAGUGGGGGGAUAUGGAGGUAGAGGGGGAGGCGGCGCGGAGGGGGAAGUUGGCGGAGUGUAAGGAGUGGUUGGAGAAGGUGGCGAAUUGGGAGGCGUAUGAUCUUGAUGCGAGGAUGGGAUUACGGAUUACGACCGCGAGGGACACGAUCAAGAAGGCGGAGGUGAAGCUAGUGGCAUGA